AGAGAGAGGGAGGGAGAGGGAGAGGAAAGAAAGGAAGAGAAGAUGUGUUGAAGAGUUUUACAACAAACCAACUUCCGGUUACAAUCAAGGGAAAUAACUUGUGCAAGUGUCAUAAACAUUCAAAUGAGCUGAGAUUUGAAAAUUUGUUGCUAUAUUGUUUUUAUCUGACUUGGAAAUGACCAACUGAAUAUCGUAUCAGGGGAAUUAUUCUUCUUUAUCUUUAUUCACAUUUGGAAAAUCUUAAGGCUUAUGUAGUGAAGCUCAAAUGAAACCAGAUGAUUAUUUUCUAUUAGUGAAAUAUUAAAGAAGUUUACGUAAUUUAUUUAUUAUGAAUAAAUACAUUGGUAGGGUUGAUCAUAUGAAAAAUUCAGACAUGCAUCAAAUAGAAAAGCCAUUCAAGUGCAACUUCUGUGAGAAGUCUUACUCUUGUUCAGCGCAUUUACUACGGCAUGUGAAAACUCACUCUGGAGAAAAAUCUCACAAAUGUACUCUGUGUGAGAAAGCAUUCUACAACUCUUGGGAUCUUACCCGACACAUGAAAAUACACACAGGAGAGAGAAAAUUUCGUUGUGAACUUUGUGAAAAAUCUUUUUUACGGUCAACCAGUCUCACAGAACAUAUGGCUGUGCACACAAAAGAGAAGCCAUAUUCCUGUGAACUUUGCACAAAAGCUUUCUCACGCACAAGCCAUUUAAAUGCACAUCUGAAAAUACACUCUGGCAUCAAAACUUUUAAAUGUGAUCACUGUGUGAAAGCAUUUUUUAAUUCCUGGGAACUUUCACGGCAUGUAAAAAUUCACACCGGUGAAAAAAAACAUAUCUGUACUUUUUGUACUAAAGCUUUUACACGACUAAGUAGUUUAAAAGAACAUUUAAAAAUUCACACAACAGUAAAAACAUUCAAGUGUGUCUAUUGUGUUAAAUCUUUCACACGGCCCAGUCGGCUCGCGUCUCACUUGCGUAUGCAUGCUGGAAUCAAACCUUAUGCAUGUAUACAUUGCAAUAAAGCCUUUUUGAACUCUUGGGAUUUAACACGACAUACUCGCAUUCAUACAGACGAAAAACUUUUCAAGUGUCAGCAUUGCCAGAAGGCAUUUCUCAGAUCUAGCAGCCUCAAAGAACAUAUUAGAAUACACACGGCUGAGAAACCAUACAAAUGUGAAUGCUGUGGCAAGUGUUUCACUCGUUCUCGUGGACUUCGGGAACAUUCUCGGGUACAUGCGGAAGAGAAAGCCGGUUGCCAGCACUGUGGCAAAACAUUUUCCUGUUCAAACCAUUUAUCUCAGCAUUUAUGUGUGCAGACCAAUGGCCAGAUAUUUUAAAUAUAUUGUUUCUCUUUUUAUCAACUGUAUGAGGAAUUUUAAUAGUUUUCUAACUAUUAAUAUACUUUUAAGCAAUCUGGUUUUUUUUUUUAUCUUAACUAUUUGUGACUAAUAUGUUUGUCUAUGUGCAUGUCAAAAAGGAAAUGAAAUCUCUCUCUCCUUAGGGUAAUUCUGAGUUCCUUCAAAUACAAUUCCAACAGAU